CUUCGCGGUAGGCGGGCUGGAUCCGUCAGCUCAUUUCUUCCCAGCUUCAGUUGCAUCAUGGCGGCUCGGAGCCUGGGCGGCUCAGGCCUGCUUGCGCGGAACCUGUCGUGCCUUCUUCUCCUUCUUUCAACCGACCUGCGGGCCCGGCAGGCCUGUUAGUACCGGGUGGGGGAAACCAGUGCGGGGCUGCAGGCAGCCCAAGGCAGUCUUUCUGCAUGGAAGCUCCUGGGGAUGAUUUGAUAGUUUCAGCUUCAGCAAGAGAAUGCCCUAUUUUGACAUCUUUCUGUCAUCAUAACUUGUGGUAACAGCAGUCCUGUCCUGGAUUUCUAAAUAGUGAAGCAUCUGGAGUUAAAAUCAUGACUUCGAGACGAACAGAUGUUCCUGCUAUAGAACAUGGCUCUGGAAGCCUUCUAGGGAAGAUAUCCCAGCCAAUUGGAAUGAAUCGUCGGGCAUUCAAUUAUGAUGAUGCCUUGGAGGAUACAGCACCAAUGACUCCUCCUCCUUCAAACAUGACCACCAAUAUCUUAUGGAAAGAACCAGUCAUUCCAGAUCACAGAUAUGAAAAGAUUUCCCAGGUUGGGGAAGGGGAAACUAGCACACAUCCCUCUGCCAAAAUCCCCCCAUCUUCAUCUGAGGGGAACAAGACACCUGUAGUGAAGGCCAAAGCCACCCACAUCAUCAUGAAUUCUCUUAUAGCAAAACAAACCCAGGAGAGCAUUCAGCGAUUUCAACAGCAGGCAGGGCUAAGAGAUGUCGGCUACACUCCGCACAAAGGCCUCACUGCAGAAGAAACAAAAUACCAUCGUGUGGCUGAGUCAUUCCAUAAUUUGAAGAUGCAAAGUGGAGAGAUGGUAAAAGAAGAUAAACAGGCCUCUUCUGCCCAGUCCACACCAAGCAACACUCCUCAUUCUUCUCCUAAGCGCUCAUACAGAAGCUGGUUUAGUCAUGGAGCUUAUGCUUCGGUCACUGGUCCUGAUCGUGGCCCCAUGGAUUCCAACAGUGGUGACAGUGAUAAAGUACCAUCUGAAAAAUGGAGCAUUUUUGGACCUAGAGCUCUUCAGAGAUCUGCUACUGAAUCAGGAGGCUUUACCAUUCAGACAUAUAAGAGUGCUCAGAAGCCAUCUCCAAUGGAACUGAUGCGUAUGCAAGCCACCAGGAUGUCAGAGGACUCAGCAAAUUUCAAGCCUCCCAAGAUGGAUAUUCCACCUAUCGAAGAGAAGAGGCAGUCUUCACACUCUCACAAUCUUAAACCUCGGGACUUGAAUGUGCUUGCUCCCUCUGGCUUUUAGGAGUAUUUCUACUUAAGUGGCACAAGUAUGUUCUUGUCAUCUUGCUAUCUGAUCUCAUCUUUAAGUAGAUUCCAUUCCACUCAUGAAUCCCUGAUUUAAAUAGGUGACUCUAUGCCUUCUGGUUCAGAAUUAUAAAUGGGGAUGAAAUGAGAUCUAGGCAGCUUUCUUAAUUUAUUGCCUUUUUCCUCUCAAAUGGCUCUCUGGGUACACUAUAAAUCAAAGUGAUCUACCGCUGAAAUUCGGACAACAAAUUGUGUGCUGCUUUACGUAGCUAAACUUUAAAAAGUGUAGCUAUAAAAUAGUUGAAGCUGUUUUGAAUAUUUGUGCUCGUGCUCCCACUACUAAAUUUGAUGCUGCUAUUCAGGCCAAAUUAUAAAUAGACAAUGUAUUAUUUUUUAAUAUCUAAAUGAUUUUUUUUUUAACUUGAAGGGAAUCUAGAGAAAAAAAGGAUUUUGUUUUGUUUUGUUUUGCUAAAAUGUUGUUCUAGAAAAAUUAUUCUUCAAAUGCAUAAAAGUUCCAUGUUUAAGGAAAUUUAAGAAUUAAAUUCCCCUUCUAGACCUGUGGCAUGGAAUAAAAUAUUGUUUGUGGUGCAUUUUGUUGUUGUUGAACUCAGAUAAUUCAGCAUGAAGUGGAAUGUAGGCAAAUUCCUUCAUUCCUAAAGUAGUCAGAUUCUAUUUUUAAUAAAGGGAUCCCAGAAUUGAGAUCCCUUGGAGUUUGAAAAUUGUAGCCAUGGCUUCUGUGAAAAGACUGUGAAACAGAAUAUCACUGAAACCAGACAUUCCUAUACAUGCUUCCUUGGGAGGCAAAGGAAUCCAAAAUAAAAUUACUUAAUAGAACAUGAGAAGAUUUUUAAUUCAGCUGUUCAGUUUGUAUUACAAUUAAUGAUUGAUUAAAUGUCUAUUUUUACAGAUUUAUAUUUUAGAAUCAUUCACUGAAAGAUGAAAAAUAUUUAAUGUAUGCUUUAAGGCAGAUGAGCAUAUAUUAUGUUUGAUUUCUUAGUCUAAUUUUAAAUGUGAAGUGAAUGGUGUUAUUUUACGACAGUGGGAUGGAAACUUAGAAACAUUCCAUUACAAUAAAACCUUUUUUUCUUGAACACCAAAUUUGUGAUUUUCACGAACCCUUUUUAUGUCCUAAAUUGGUCCUAUAUCUUAUUAAAUCCAAAUUCCUAUAAAUGUAGGUGCUGCUAUAUCUAAGUGACUUAAUAAUCCAUUUUUCUUCACAACAGCUGCAACUUGGACCUGUAUUGCUUUGAUAGUGCUGUGUCAGCUCAUCACUGCUUGUACCCGGAAGACAGUGAUCUUGCUUCUUGGUUAAUGUUUAAUUUAUUUGGUAGUGUUUUGUGCUCAUGUGUCUAUGCCUAAUACUUUUGCAGAAUAAACAAACAUGAAUUAA